AUGUCCCGCGACAAAAACUAUAGAGACUCCUUCGAGGGAUCAAACGCUUCGGAGCGUGGAGGAACCGGCGAUAAGAGCAAAACCAAGAAGUACAUCAUCUUUGGAUGUGUGGCCAUCGUGGUUGCGGUCGUCUUCACCGUAGGGACCAUGCGUGGCUGGUUCGAUGGUGACUCGCCAGAGGGAGCGUCGGCAUCGUCCGUCUAG